UGUUAAACCCCAAAUUGCUAUUGCUUCUGAACCUACACAGACGCUUUCAGUUUCAGCAAACACCACCAUACUCCGCCGCUCUACCGGCGGCAAUCGCACACAACUCUGUAUUCCAAUUCCGUUACCUCUCGGAAACCCUAGAAGCGUUAGAGUGUAGAAGAAAUGUGGAGAAGACUCUCUUCGCAGCUCCGAACGCUAACCCCAUCUCUGUCCUCUCCAAAAUGCAACCUUUUCGUCACUGCUUCUGUUUCGUCUUCAUCUCCAAUUUCGGAGAUCUUUCGUCCCUCCGUUGCUCUGUAUCUUCGGCAUUUUAACUCUGAUUUUGGUAAUGCUUCUACAAAGAAGGAAGUCGAGCUAGGAAACUUCGAGUCUAGAUUGAACUUGUCUGUUCACUCUAAGCAUUACUCCCAAGAGUCAUUGGCAUCACCUUACAAGUUUUCUAGAUCAUGUUUAGCACAAGACACUACCAUGGUCCCAAACUUCCCUAGGAGGUUCCUCACAACGGGUGCUACUUCAGUUGACAAAGUUCCUGAAGAUGCUUCUUCUUGUUUGGCAACUCCACGUAUCAAAUUUAAGAGGCUUGAUAAAACAGCAGCACAUAUAAUGCAGAUUCUUGACAAAGAGGCUGUUGAAGAAGUAAAGGCACGGAGUCCGAUACCUGAUAUAAAGCCUGGUUAUAUUGUCCAGCUCAAAGUGGAAGUGCCGGAGAACAAGAGACGUGUUUCAAUUGUCAAAGGCAUAGUGAUAGCAAGGCGCAAUGCAGGUUUAAAUACUACAUUCAGAUUAAGAAGACUUGUGGCUGGAGUUGGGGUUGAAAACCUAUUUCAUCUGUACUCGCCCAACAUAAAGGAGAUGAAGGUGCUGGACAAGAAAAAAGUGAGGAGGGCAAAGCUAUACUACCUCAGGGAUAAAAUGAAUGCCCUGAAAAAACAUUAACAAGCUAGCUCUUAUGAAGGGUUGAGCCUAUCAUUUUAAAGUGUUUGCGUGGCCAAUGGAAGAGACUGCAGCAGAAGAAUCUUAUUCUUUCUACUUCCGGUUCUGGUCACCGGUUUAUCUAUCUCUCUAGAUAAACAUGUAUCAAUAACAUCCCUUUCCUUUUCCAAAUGUUGAAGUUAACUUUUGCUAUGUCGCCAGCAGAUCUUGCCAUAGGAUGAGCAUUUCCCUUUAGUAGUUUCUAGAUUGCGCGUAAAGUGGGAAUGGGCUUAAAGAAGUGUGCUGUCGACUGCAUCAGAACUUAAUCACAGGCAAUGUGAAUUUAUUUUCUAACUUUUGGCAAUUUCUUAUAAGCUGUACACUUCUGGUCUCUGUGAUAUAUCUGAUAAACAGAUUUCAAAUAAAGCAUAUUUCUGUAGCUGGUUAAGAAAGA